AUGGUCUCCAGAGAAAAGAAGCCCGACUAUGAGGAUCAGCACCAGGAGGACAUGGCAGCUUCUCAGGAAUGUUUGACCUUCAAGGAUGUAUCAGUAGAUUUCUCUUGGGAGGAGUGGGGAUGUCUUGACCCAGCUCAGCGGAAAUUGUACUCAGAUGUGAUGUUGGAGAAUUACAGCAACCUGGUCUCCCUGGGUCUGGUUGUUUCAAAGCCAGUCCUGGUCACAUUUUUGGAACAAAUGCAGGAGAGCUGGGAUGUUUCCAGAAAAAAGUCAAUAUCCACACCCCCAGCUGUAUCAUCUGUAUAUAAGCAGGAAUUCUUGCAAAUGUCAGGAAGAGAAGAUUUAUUAUUUGAAGCGACACUGAGUACAUGGGAUUCAGAGAGAACCAGUCAAUGCGAUGCAAAUCGGAAGAAUACUAUCCACAAGUCAAAUCCUAAAGUACAUCAGAAGACUCAGCUUCCAGAUAUCCAUGAUGAAGGUGGUAAAGUAUUUGACCAAAUGUUAAAUCACAAUACUCAUCAGGAUUUUCAUAUUGUGAAACUGGAAAUAAAGGAAGGUGUAAAUCAACAUAAAAAAAAUUACCCUGCAAAAAAGGCUGAUAUAUGCAAAGAAUGUGGCAAUGCAUUUAGGAUUACCUCAAACCUUACACAUCAGCACAGAUUUCACACUGGAUACGGCCCUGGUAAAUAUAGACAAUGUGGUAAAGCUUUUAGCCAGUCUUCAGAUUUCAAUGAAUAUCAAAAAAAUCAUAAAGGAAAGAAAAAAUUUGAAUGUAGUGAAAGAGACAAUGCCUUUCUGGAGUCCGGUAGUCUUGCACAAGAUCACAGAAUUCUUACUGGAGAAAAGCAUUAUGAGUGUAGAGAAUGUGGAAAAGCCUUUAGGUGCUCCUCAACCUUUACGUGUCAUCAGAGAUUUCAUACUGCAGGGAAACCUUAUCAAUGUAUACAAUAUGACAAAGCAUUUACACAGUCUUCAAACCUUACUUGCCACCAAAUAAUUCAAACUGGAAAGAAGCCUUAUAAAUGUGCACACUGUAGGAAAGAAUUUACACACUCCUCAAGCCUUACUCAACAUCAGAAAAUGCAUAUUGGAGAGAAGCCUUAUCAAUGCACACAAUGUGACAAAACCUUUAGCCGGACUGCACACCUGACUCAACAUCAGAAACUUCAUACUGGAGAGAAACCCUAUGAAUGUACACAAUGUGGGAAAGCCUUUAGGCAGCGGAUAACGCUUACUCAACAUCAGAAAAUUCAUACUGGUGAGAAGCCCUAUGAAUGUACACAAUGUGAAAAAGCCUUUAGACACCUGAAAACACUUACUAAUCAUCAGAAAAUUCAUACUGGAGAGAAGCCCUAUGGAUGUACACAAUGUGGGAAAACCUUUAGAUGGCAGGGAACACUUACUCAGCAUCAGAAAAUUCAUACUGGAGAGAAGCCCUAUGAAUGUACACAAUGUGGCAAAACCUUUAGCCAGACUGCACACCUGACUCAACAUCAGAAAAUCCAUACUGGAGAGAAACCCUAUGAAUGCACACAAUGUGGGAAAACCUUUAGAUGGCAGGGAACACUUACUCAGCAUCAGAAAAUUCAUACUGGGGAGAAGCCCUAUGAAUGUACACAAUGUGGCAAAACCUUUAGCCAGACUGCACACCUGACUCAACAUCAGAAAAUCCAUACUGGAGAGAAACCCUAUGAAUGCACACAAUGUGGGAAAACCUUUAGAUGGCAGGGAACACUUACUCAGCAUCAGAAAAUUCAUACUGGGGAGAAGCCCUAUGAAUGUACACAAUGUGGCAAAACCUUUAGCCAGACUGCACACCUGACUCAACAUCAGAAAAUUCAUACUGGAGAGAAACCCUAUGAAUGUACACAAUGUGGGAAAGCCUUUAGACACCAGGGAACACUUACUCAACAUCAGAAAAUUCAUACUGGAGAGAAGCCCUAUGAAUGUACACAAUGUGGCAAAACCUUUAGCCAGACUGCACACCUGACUCAACAUCAGAAAAUUCAUACUGGAGAGAAACCCUAUGAAUGUACACAAUGUGGGAAAGCCUUUAGGCAGCGGAUAACACUUACUCAACAUCAGAAAAUUCAUACUGGAGAGAAGCCCUAUGAAUGUACACAAUGUGGCAAAACCUUUAGCCAGACUGCACACCUGACUCAACAUCAGAAAAUUCAUACUGGAGAGAAACCCUAUGAAUGUACACAAUGUGGGAAAGCCUUUAGGCAGCGGAUAACACUUACUCAACAUCAGAAAAUUCAUACUGGUGAGAAGCCCUAUGAAUGUACACAAUGUGGGAAAACCUUUAGACAUCAGGGAACACUUACUCAGCAUCAGAAAAUUCAUACUGGUGAGAAGCCCUAUGAAUGUACACAAUGUGAAAAAGCCUUUAGACACCUGAAAACACUUACUAAUCAUCAGAAAAUUCAUACUGGAGAGAAGCCCUAUGGAUCUACACAAUGUGGGAAAGCCUUUAGCCAGACUGCACACCUGACUCAACAUCAGAAAAUUCAUACUGGAGAGAAACCCUAUGAAUGCACACAAUGUGGGAAAACCUUUAGAUGGCAGGGAACACUUACUCAGCAUCAGAAAAUUCAUACUGGAGAGAAGCCCUAUGAAUGUACACAAUGUGAAAAAGCCUUUAGACACCUGAAAACACUUACUAAUCAUCAGAAAAUUCAUACUGGAGAGAAGCCUUAUACAUGUGCACAUUGUGGCAAAGCCUUUACAUGCUCCUCAACCCUUAUUCUACAUCAGAGAGGUCAUUCCCAUGAGAAGGUUUAUGUAUGUAAAAUAUGUGGUAAAAUCUUUCACCAGUCCUGUAAGCUUUCUCAGCAUCAGAAACUGCAUAUAGGAGAGAAACCCUGA